AUGAUAGCGUACAAUCCUGUAAUUGCUCAGGAAAGCUCUGAAAUCAUCAUUGCCCUGCAGGCACACUGCGCAGAGCACUUCCCCUCUUCAGCUUGCAGCCUGCUCCGCUUAAUCAUCAAGAGCUCUACGUCUGCUCGUGCCAAGCGUGUGCAUUAUGUCUAUAUUAAAGCUGAGGAGACUGGCAGUCGAGGGUUGUGUGAUAAGCGCAGGGACGUCUGUCUGCUGUCUGCGAUGGAGCUCAAGUGCUCCCAGCAUUCUCCGAGGGCCACCAGGUGUGGGAGUGGUUAUGCCUGUUAUCCCCCUAUUUGGUCAUAUAUAAGACAAGGCACUAGCACGGGUGUAACUUGUACGCCUGCCAUCAUGUCUGCGAAAGGUUUGGUCGCCAUCGCCCUCAUCAGCUGCUGGGUUCUGUGCACUCUGGGUCCGACUACGGCCACAUACGGUCCGAUGAAUCACGCCUGCUGUGUGAAAUACACCCGGAAACCUGUGGCCUUCAGUCUGAUCAAAGGUUACUUUGAGCAGAGUUCCCGCGAGGUGUGCCGCAUCGAUGCCAUCAUAUUUAUCACAAAGCGCAACAAGAAGAUAUGCGCGAGCACCACCGACGAAUGGGUGAGAAAGGCGCUGGCGCGUCUGAGCGAUAAAAUGAAAAAGAUGUCAAAGCUGCAGUCUAACCACGCUGGCGUCAGCACCCUCUCAGCUCGGGGCACCACCACAAGCUCCUAAAGUCUCCCCAUGCUACUCUAUCUUCAAUAGCGGCUUCUAGAAGUGAUCCUUACUAUCCUUUCUGCUUUAUUUCUGAUGCAAAUAAUCUAUAAUGCAGUGAACUCUUUUAUUGCCUUCUAAAUGAAACUAUUAAGCUAUAUGUUGUAUAAGUGAUGUUGCAUAUUGCAUUACAUAACUUCUUAGACUGUAACAGACAGAAGUUUGAUACAGUCAGUAUGUUUUUUAGAGGUAACGUAAAUGUUUGACGUAUAUUCCUUCCAAUUUAUAGAGCCUGCAUUUACGGAAGAUCACCUGGUCAGUAGUGGCCAGGGCCUAAUACCUUCAAAGGCCAAAAAAGCUCUCUAAAAUAUACUGACUGUAUCUAUAACAAAGCUUGUGCUAUGAUGAUGUUUAGAGGCCAAACUGGUCCUCGAUAAUAUACUGAAUGUAUCUUCAACAGCAUUUAAUUACCUUGUGGCUUCUGUUAAGGUCAUGUGAAUUAAAGGGUACUCAGACAAAUAAAGGUGUGAUUUUCUA